CUCAAAUCAUCUCUUUCUCAUCCAGUUCUUUAUCUUCUUUCAAAAUAAUAUAUAGAAUCCAAAAAUUGUAUAUAAAUUUCCAACGUUCUUAAUUUAUUUUAAUAAAUAUAAUAAUUAACACCUUACAUGGAAAUUAUAUUUAGGAUAUCUAGAAUAAAUUAUUAAUAUCAUAUUACUAUUCUAAUAUUUGAGUUCAAGUCUUACAGCAUAGAGGCGCUCUGCAAAUACAGUCGCCGACACAUGAUGUCCUCCUCCGGCGGCGCCGGCAGAAUGAGUGCAAGCUGCUUGGUAGCAGAGACAGUAUGGAAGGAUAUUGAGUCUACACACAAAGUGAAUGAUGAUCAACUUUGGACGUUAGUCAAUUGCUUCCCAUUCCUUUGUGUUCUUUUCAAAUCAUUAUUGCCCCGCAUUGUGUUUCUAUUGAAGUUGUUUUUGGUCUUUAUGCAACAUGAAACCAGUUUGCAUUUCUUGUUUGGCAAGAACUUCGAGGGAGCCACUAGAAUUGUUGACCAAAGAGGUGUCAGCAAGAUAUCUGCUCACCCCAGUGGAAGGUUUAUCUUUCAGGUUAGAGGAGAAUCCCGAAGAAAAGAACAAUAUCUCUGUUUUGCUGAGAAUUUUUGUGCCUGUUAUUCUUUCUUCUAUGAUGUCGUCAACAGAAGGGAACAACUUUGUUGUAAACAUCAAUUAGCUGCAAGACUCGCUGCAUCUUUGGGAUCGUAUGCUGAAGUUAAAGUGUCUGAUGAGGAGCUAGCUCUGUUACUAUCAACAAUAUAGUCCUGGCUCUGUAGAUUAAUACUUUAUAAUUUAUUUAAUAUUGAUUUUAUGGAGCAAGGAACAUAUCAUCUUUAGAUUUAGUUAAUAGUGAUGAGUCUCAGGAGCCUGAUUGGGCAAUAGUGUGUUAGAUGGGCAAAAGCAAGAACAUCUUAUCAGUGAAAAAGUGUAUUUAGAUGGGCAAAAGGUAGAACAGAUGAAAGCACAAACAACCUAUUGUAGUAGACCUUUUAACAUUUUUUGUUUCAAUUUUAUAAAAUAACUCAUACAAGCUGUCAAAAUUUGUUUGAAUGAGAUUCGAAUGAACUAAAUAAUUUCUGAAGCGAGUGUUUAAACUAUUGAUUUUCUGAUAAGGUGCAUUUUAUUCUCUAAAGUCAAGUGCACCAUUGAAUUUAAAGGACCCAAAUCCCAACUCAUGACUUCAUAGUUUUCCAUAAAUUUUUAUCAACGAUAGAGAGUAUAAGUCUUGUAGGAAGUGUGCUUGCCUUCAAAUUUAGCAGGGAGUUGCGUUCUCUUAAUUACCUUAUUUUGCUAAUCUGUAUCAUAGAAAAUUUUAAUUUCUUUUGCCGUUAACGGUUGUUAAAGGUUAACUUCUAUCUUCAUGUUUAAAUUUAUUAUUUCUUUUUCUAUUGGCCUGUUACCAACUUUGCAUGUUGUUCAUAAA